AUGACGAAAAGAUCAAUUGAGGAGAAGCCAUCACCGCGGGAAUUGACACAGCCCCCAGCGGAAGAGCUGCCAGAUCGCAUCUACUCCACGGCAUUCGGCAUCGCGAUAAGGCCGAAAGCCAAUGAUGACGGUAUCAAUAUUCCCAGCCACGAGGACGAAGAUGCCGAGGCCUCGCUUAAGAAGUGCGUGUACACAAUCAUCAACACCAGCCUCCUAAUCCCCGGCGACGGCACCCCCACCAAAGACGCCGCCCUCGUGAUCGAGAACAAGGUGAUCGCCUGGGUGGGCGCGCAAUCGCACGUGCCGUCCAUGUACACCGACGCGCCACACCGCACCUUCGCGAUCCCAUUCCUCAUGCCCGGGCUAUGGGACUGCCACGCGCACUUCGGCGGCGAGGGCCCCGACGCUGAAGAGAGUGACAACGUGUCCAUCGCGGCUACACGUCGCUCCGCGACGUCGCGGGCUGGGGGGUGCGAGGUCAGCCGCGCCAUCGACGACGGCUCCAUCGUCGGGCCGACCGUCUAUAGCGCGGGCGCCUGUCUCAGCCAGACAGCCGGGCACGGUGACAUCUUCGCGCUGCCGGCGGGCGACGCGCACCUCAGUUUCGGCAUCGCCGGUGCGGCCCGGCCGGGGCACUGGGGCAGUUCACAGAGCAUGCUCGUCGACGGCGUGGACGAGUGCCGGCGCGCGGUACGGCUGCAGAUCCGCCGCGGCGCGCGCUGCAUCAAGGUCUUCGCGAGCGGCGGCGUGCUCUCGCGCGACGACAACCCGCUGUACGCGCAGUUCGGCGCCGACGAGCUGGCGUGCAUCGUCGAGGAGGCGGCGCGCCAGCACCGCGUCGUCGCCGCCCACGUGCACGGCAAGCCGGGGAUCCUAGCCGCGGUGCGGGCCGGGGUCCGCACGGUCGAGCACGUCUCGUUUGCGGACCGCGAGUGCAUCGACCUGAUCAGGGAGAAGGGCACGGUGUACAUCGCCACGCGCACCAUCGUCGACAUGCUGCUGCGGGGCGGCGGGAAGGGGCUGUCGCGCCCGCAGUGGGAGAAGGCGCGGCUUUGCGGGAGCAACCAUCUGAAGGCUUACAAGCUGGCGAUCGAAGCAGGGGUUUCCAUCGCGUUGGGGACUGAUACUUCGCCCGGGUUUAACAUGGCGAUGGAGCUGGAUUAUGCUGUGCAGGCCGGAAUGACCAGCUUGGAGGCUAUCAAGGCGGCUACGGCUGAUGGACCCUUGAGUGUAGAGGACCAAGCGGCGAGGACGGGCCAGUUGAAGGUCGGCUAUGAGGCUGAUAUACUUGGUUGCUGGAGAACCCUAUUGAUGAUGUGA